CCCUUCCCUCUUCGCACGCAGUCGCAGACUCGCAGCCCCCCUUCUGAUCCUCUUCCUCUACCACGCGGCCACGCCCCCGCCCCCCGCUGACUCACGCAACGCGCGCGACGACGCGGAGGAGAAAACCAGGAAUCCCAUAAAGGUUUCAGUUCCGCAAGCCAAGCCACUCCCACACCCCCACGCUCGAGCGAAGGGAACCAGCAAUGGCGCGUCGCGGGCCGUGAGAGACGGGAACAAGAAUGGCUGCCAUGGUGCGCGGGCCCGCGAUGGCCUCUGCGGCUGGGCCGGGUGCGACGUCGUCGGCUGCUGCGGCCGCGGCCGCGGCGGCGGAGGAGAUGCGGUGGCGGCAGCUAGACAGCGGCGUGAGCGCGGUGUCGUUCGGGUUCGUGGCCACCGCCAUACUCGUGUCCAUGUUCCUCGCCAUGGCCAUCCUCGAGCACUUCCUCCGCCCCCCGACGACGGCCCACGCGCCGCCCCGGGGCCGGGGUGUCCUCCGCCGCCUCCGCCUCUUCCUCCUCGGCCGCAGUGGCGGCGCCCCCGGCGGGACGGAUCUCGAGGCGGCGAGGAAGCUCCACGGUCACGCGCCCCUCGAGAUGCCUGUUUACCCCAGAGGCGUGUCAGUUCUGAUGCCAGGGCAAGACGUGCCAACGUUCAUCGCGCAUCCUGCCCCUGCACCGUGCCCCCCAGAGAGGAUCCGGUGGCCGUCACACCAGCCGCCUCCUUUCACUGGCUCCUCGCCAAACCCUAGCUAGUGCUGAUGUAGCACACACCCAGCACACUGAGAACGCUGGCUGUUGUCAGCCAGUCAACCAUCAAUGUCUUGUCUGUAGAGGAGGCGAGGAGCAGCCGUGCGCUUUGCGGGCGUGUUGGUGUUGCCGAUGAAUCGAUGAUCCACUCCGUCUCCGGGGCAUGACAGCCAGGACAGGCGGGCUCUCUCUCCUCUUUGUGACUCUGUAUCUGUACAGGUUUAGGUCUUGUUCUGAAGCAUUGCAACCUUGUACUGCUGCCCCCUGCUGCGUUGUGGCUGGCGAGCGGCGGCUGGUGGAUCCGUCGUGGAGUUGUUGCUGCUGAUCCCUGUUGAUGUGUGUCAGUAGAUGCCUGAUGGAGCAUGUAAACUACUUGUAAACUCGCUUGGCAAAUGUGGUUUGAUUUCAGG